AUGAGAGAGGUAGGGAAAGAGGGUACACACACUUGGAAUUACACCACGUUGAUGGGAGAGAAGACUUGCAUGGUAGACCCCAUAGUUGGUGGUGAUGGUGACCUUAGGGGAAUACUCUUUUCCAUAAAAGAAAGAAUCCCGAAGGUUCGAGAGGAAGAGGGAGAAAAAAGGGUUAAGCACCUCAUCUUGAAAGUCGAGAGAGAUGGUUGGGAAAGAGGGUCGAGGAAUAGAGGGAUAAAGAGAAUACCUCCAUAUGGGAAGGAUGACUCAUCUUCUCGAGAGGGGGACAAAUUUG